UUACCAUUUAAGUUACAAAUCUCUAGCACUAAGACUGCUUUAUUAAUUUUUACUCACUUUCGUAGACUUAUUUUAAAUUCUUGGCAACAUUGUAAUCGUCGUCCGUACAAGAAGGAAGCUUCAACCUACACAUCACAUAAAUACACACGCAUUGUAUAUAUAUCCCCGCAAGGAGACUCAAUUGGUCAAGCUUCUAAUACAUUAGAAAGCUACACGAUGGCAUCUGAUCUCUAUGUGCAACCUGAGUUUUGUGGUAAGAAUACAUCUAAUGAGGUGAUUGGCUUUGAUCUCAAUCUGUCAUCCAUGUCAUGCCUUCCCUACCCUUCUCUUUCGGCUUUGGAGCACGAUUCGGCGAACUGGGUGAUUCCAUUCGUCGACAAAACGAGAAAUCAUAAGAGGCUAAAACAGGAACAUGAUGCCAAUUCUGGAUUCAAAGUGGGUACUGAUUACUAUAGUUUUUACACUGGCAGUGACAGCAAUAUGUGUACUAGUGGCUUGACCAGCUUGCCAACAAUCCGAUUCCGGGAUCACAUAUCAGCGCACACGCGGAGAUACUUGGCAGCAGAGGCCAUGGAAGAAGCCUUUGCAACCUUAAUGAGAGGCAAGGAAGAUGAAUCCGGAGAAGGAGAAGGAAGUGGAGAUGAAAUGAAACUAGUCCAACGACUCAUUGCUUGUGCCGAGGCUGUGGCUUUUCGUGACACAGCUCAUGCAUCAGCAUUGCUUUUUGAGCUGAGAGCUAAUGCGCAGGCCUUCGGGACAUCAUUCCAGCGAGUAUCUUCCUGCUUUGUCCAAGGCCUUGCAGACCGCCUUGCGCUAGUUAAACCACUCGGGGACGGAGGAGUAACAGACCCGAACGUGAAAUCAAAGCCUUUUUCAGCAGAGAAGGACGAGGCUUUACACCUUGUUUAUGAAAUCUGCCCACAGAUCCAAUUUGGUCAUUUCGUAGCGAACGCAUCAAUAUUGGAAGCCUUUGAGGGAGGAAGUUCAGUCCAUGUCAUAGACUUAGGCAUGACCCUAGGCCUCCAGCACGGGUACCAAUGGCGGGACUUAAUAGACCGUCUAGCCAACCGUCCAGGACAACCCUUGCACCGCCUUCGUAUCACAGGAGUUGGUAGCUUUUCCGAACGCCUUCAAGUAAUCGGCGACGAUCUCAAGCUGCAUGCUCAAAGCAUGAAAAUAAAUUUGGACUUUUCAGCAGUGGAGAGCAACUUGGAGAACCUUAAGCCCCAAGAUUUCCAUUUGGUUGAUGGGGAGAUUUUGAUCAUCAAUAGCAUUCUUCAACUUCAUUGCUUGGUAAAAGAGAGCAGAGGGACAUUGAACUCAGUUUUACAAACACUUCACGAGCUGUCACCAAAGCUUAUGGUUUUGGUUGAGCAGGACACAAGCCACAACGGGCCUUUCUUUCUAGGGAGGUUCAUGGAGGCACUGCAUAACUACUCCGCCAUCUUUGACUCCUUAGACGCAAUGCUGCCCAAGUACGACACGAGGAGGGUAAAAAUGGAGCAGUUUUAUUUUGGGGAGGAGAUUAAGAACAUCAUAAGCUGCGAGGGACCAGCCAGGGUGGAGAGACACGAAAGGGUUGAUCAAUGGCGCCGUAGGAUGAAGCGUGCGGGGUUCCAACCGGCGCCUUUGAGGACGACGGCACAGGCCGUGAAAUGGCUAGAAACUAAUGCUUGUGAGGGUUACACGGUUGUUGAAGACAAGGGUUGCUUGGUUCUUGGAUGGAAAUCAAAACCUAUCAUUGCAACUUCUUGCUGGAAAUGA